GGCAGGCAGGUUCAGGUUUCUGGGGCCAGCCGCGGCCAUGAUCCUGCUAGAGGUGAACAACUGUGUAAUCAAGGAGAUACUCAUGUUCAUGUUCGAGAACGUGGCUACAGGAAACAAACCAGAAGCAGAAGAAGUAACAUUUACAGAUUCUGAUGGUCCUCUUAUCAUAUUUCAAAUCCUAAGAGACAAAAAAAAAAUGAUGGUCAGUAUUUCUUUGAAAUUCUACAAGGAACGUCAGGUGUGUGCUGCUGAUGAGUUACUAAAGAGAGUAUAUGGGAGUUACUUGAUAAAUCCAGAAUCAGGAUGCAAUGUGUCUUUGCUACACGACCUUCAAAAUCUGCCUGCAUCCAAGGAUUCCACUGUGCAUCAGGUUGGAAUGUUGAAACGAAAUUGUUUUGCCUCUGUCUGUGAGAAAUACUGCCAGUUCCAAGAAGAGGGCAAGGAAGGUGAGAACAGGGCCAUCAUCCAUUAUAGAUAUGAUGAGACCAUGUAUGUUGAGUCUAAAAAGGGCAUAGUCACAGUAGUUUUAAGCACAGUGUUUAAGGAUAACAAUGUGGUCAUUGGAAAGGUCUUCAUCCAGGAGUUCAAAGAAGGUCACAGAGCCAGCCACACAACCUUACAGGUCCUCUUUAGCCACAGGGAACCUCCUCUGGAGCUGAAAGACACUGAUGCUGCUGUGGGUGACAACAUCAGCUAUAUUACCUUUGUGCUGUUCCCUCGCUACACCAACACCAGUGCUCGAGACAAUACUAUCAACCUGAUACACAUGCUCCAGGACAACCUGCACUACCACAUCAAGUGCUCUAAGGCCUAUAUUCAUAUACGUAUGCAGGCAAAAACAUCUGACUUCCUCAUGGUGCUGAACUGAGCACGCCCAGAUGCUAAGAAAAAAAAUAAAUGAAAACAAUUACUGGGGAGACGUUUUCACCCCUCUACCUCCUGGUAACUAGAAGAGGAAGCAGCUGGCAACUAAAGGCUGGAACACUUGCUACUGGAUAAUCAUAGCUUUUAAUGUUGCACCUCUUCAGUUUUUUAAGGGAUUCUCCUUUUUGGUUCCAUUUUGUA